AUGCGCGCGUCGUCGUCGGCGCCCCGCGCGCGCGCGCGCGACGUCGACGCCGACGCGAUCGCGGUGAUCGAGCUCGCGCACGCCCGGACGUCGAACGCGCUCGAUCGCGAUGGGUUCGAGGCGUUGAAGCGGGCGUGCGAGACGAUCGAAUCGAAUCGCCGAGCGCGGUGCGUCGUCGUGCGCGGCGCGGGCGGGAACUUUAGCUCUGGGUUAGAUUUGUCGACGGCGAAUGCGAUCUUGGACGCGAGGACGGCGGACGGGUGCGCGGGACGGGCGAACGAGGCGUUGAUGCGAACGAUCGAGGCGAUGCAGGCUGGGGUGUCGGCGCUCGAGCGGAUGUCGGCGCCGUCGAUCGCGUGCGUCAGCGGAGUGUGUUUUGGCGGUGGCGUGGACGUGAUAACGGCGUGUGACGUGAGAAUCGCGAGCGAGGACGCGCGGUUUUGCGUCAAAGAGGUGGAUUUGGGAUUGGCGGCGGAUUUGGGGACGCUGCAGCGGUUGCCGACGAUCGUCGGACACGGACGCGCGAUGGAUCUCGCGCUCACGGCGAGAACGAUCGACGCCAGGGAGGCACUGGCGAUUGGACUCGUGACGGAGGUCGUCGCCGACGUCGACGCGAGGGGGAUGGAGUUGGCGAGGGAGUUGGCGAAGAAGUCGCCUCUGGCGCUUCGCGGGACAAAGCGCGUCCUCUUGCGAGCGAGAGACGACCCAAACGUGGCUAAGGGGUUAGAUUACGUCGCCGCACACAACGCCGCGAUGCUGAGGAGCGAUGACCUUUCCGAGGCCCUUCGCGCGCGCGCGGAGAGGCGUCCUCCAGUGUUCUCAAAGCUCUAA